AUGAUGUCGCGCGCACCUGUCCGUCACGUUGGUGCUGCCAUCUUCUUCUCACAUCCGCGCCUGUGCCGCGUGUGCCACGUCUGCCGCCUCCCACCGUGCUCCAGCUGUGCUGCUGAGCGGAAAAGGCGCGCGCGCAGACGCGCGCAGACACAACACCGCGAGUGCAGACAGAGACACCGCAGCAUGUGCGUUCCUUUUCUACACACGCGUCUCCAGAUCAACCGCAUGGAUUUGGCCCGUGACGCUGCGGCGGACGCGGCGGACGCGGAACAGGAGGCAGGGCGAUGCCGCAUGAAGCCUGGUCUGCGCGCCGUUCACAUGUCAGCAAAUGCCCCGCACGGCAAUCCAGCACACAGAUCUGCACCAUAG